ACCAUUAACCUCCUCAUCCCCCUCCCAAAGUUUACUCCAUCUAAAAGUUCAUCGAAAACAUACAAACGGAUAUCUAUAUACCUGAUGACGGACAAGAACGAGAAGGCAGACGGAGCCGCUGCGGCCGAGAGUAAUGCCGAAAAUGGUUUGUGGUCUCGUCUAUCUCUACGUGGUUCCAAAUUUCAGUGUUUUUUUUUCGGAGGUCGAAGAGUUUGAACGCUGAUUGGCUGGGUCACAGAGUUUAUGCUUAGUCUUACAAAGUAUAACGACGCUGCGGCGAUUGCUCACAGAGUCCUUGCAAAGGUCUGCAAACUUGCGAUUGAAGGAGAUGGGAAGACUAUUUUGAGCUUGUGCCAGGAGGGUGACGAGUUGUUGGAUGAAGAGUGCUCGAGGGUUUAUAAGGGAAAGAAGAUUAGCAAAGGUAGACUUUCAUUUAUCCCUUGUCGAUUUUUCCUAUCGAGAUGGAUUGAGCGGAGGUUUAUCCCUCGAUUCCGUGCUCGAGACUUCGAUGCUAAUGUUUGUGUUCACAGGAAUCGCUUUCCCAACCACCGUUUCUCCAAAUGAUAUCCUUACGCCGUAUACUCCUUUAGCGACUGACCCCGGCGAGAGCGAGAUUGCUAUCAGGAAAGGCGAUGUUCUAAAGAUUCAGUAAGAGACUAUGUGGAACAAAAUUUCAUCUUCCAUGCCUGCUCAUAUUUAUCUAGGCUUGGUGCCCAGUUAGAUGGUUAUCCUGCUAUUGUCGGGGACACGGUUAUCGUCGGUCAGGAUGCGGAGCUUACCGACGACCGGAAAAACCUCCUCCUGGCAACCCACUAUUGUAACGAGGCUCUAUUGCGUCUUCUCAUCCCGUCCGAUAUUCACCCUCUGUCAACUCCCGAGAAGCCACACAAGCAGCCUUCCCCUAACGAAAUAACUCAGAUUCUCAACAAGAUCGCUGGGACCUACGACUGCAGCCUCGUCGAAUCUACUACGUCGUUUAAUUUUCUCCAAAAUGAGAUUGAGGGAAAGAAGCGCCUUGUACUACAUCCAGGUGAAGCUAUGCCGAAGUCUGAGGGAGCCCCUGAAGUUGGCGAUAUCUGGGGCGUGGAGUUAGCUCUAAGCAAGGGUUCCGGUAAACUCAAGGAUGUCCCUGGAAAAAGACCCACAUUGCACAAGAAAACAGAUACGAAAGUUGGACUCAAACGCCAGACUUCAAAGACUACUUUCACUGAGGUUAACAAGAGGUUUGGAAACUUCCCAUUUGGCCUGAGGCAAUUGGAGGAUGAGAGAAUAGCAAAGAUGGGUAUUGUUGAAUGCGUUCGUUGCGGUGUUGUCAGGCAGUUUGAGGUUCUCGGAGAGAAGGAUGGGUCAAUCACAUCAAGGCUUUUCACCACCAUCGGUAAACUCCUUACUAUAAUAACUUGUGGAAACUAGGAUAGCGCUAAUGACCACAGCAAUCACCAAAGCUGGAAUCAACAAGAUCGCCGCUCCUCCGGAGCCCGGACUUGAAAAACUUAUUACAGACAAAUCUAUCGAAAACACGGAAAUACUAGGUUUAUUGCAGCUGCCCCUCAAGAAGGCAAAGAAGAAGAAGCCCGCCGCCAAGAAGGAGGAGUGA